ACCGGCCCGGCCCGGCCGCGGCGGGGAGCGGAGCGGAGCGGAGCGGAGCCGGGCCCAUGGCAGAGCCCCCCGGGCGGGCGCUGCCGGCGCGGGCGCGGCUCAGCUACGCGGUGGGGCACGUGCUGAACGACCUGUGCGCGUCCAUGUGGUUCACCUACCUGCUGGCCUACGCGCACAGCGUGCUGGGCUACAGCUCGGCGGCCGCGGGCGCGCUGCUGCUGGCGGGGCAGGUGGCCGACGGCGUCUGCACCCCGCUCGUGGGCUACGAGUCGGACCGCUCGGCCGGCUGCGGCCGCUACGGCCGGAGGAAGUCCUGGCACCUCGCGGGGACUAUCUGUGUCCUGCUGUGCUUUCCCUUCAUCUUCAACCCCUGCCUGGGCUGCCAGGAGAGCACACCCCAAUGGGCAGCUCUCUUCUACUUCAUCCCCUUCAUAAUCAUCUUCCAGUUCGGCUGGGCAGCCACCCAGAUCUCCCACCUCUCACUCAUCCCAGAGCUGGUGACGACCGACCAUGAGAAGGUGGAGCUCACUGCUCUCAGGUACGCCUUCACUGUCAUGGCCAACAUCACUGUGUAUGCUGUGGCCUGGCUACUCUUGCACUUCCAGAAUAGGCACGCAGGGCCACAAGAGCAGAUGGAUCACCUGGGCAAGCAGGACAUCCCCGUGUUUCGGAACCUGUCCCUCAUCGUGGUCGGGCUGGGUGCCCUGUUCUCACUCCUCUUCCACAUGGGCACCAAGGAGAAGAAGCACCCCCAAGCCAGGCCACCUGACCCUGAGGAGCACACACCGCUGCUGCACGGUGGGGGCAGGACCCCCCCACGCCCAUUUAUGCUGUGGAAGCACUGGCUGCUGGAGCCUGCCUUCUACCAGGUGGCGAUGCUGUACAUGGUCACACGGCUCAUCGUCAAUCUGUCUCAGACCUACAUUGCCAUGUACCUGACCAACUCGCUGCUGCUGCCCAAGAAGUUCAUUGCCACCAUACCCCUGGUGAUGUACAUCAGCGGCUUCCUUUCCUCAUUCCUCAUGAAGCCAGUGAACAAGUGGAUAGGCCGAAAUCUGACCUACUUUGCAGGGCUGCUCAUCAUCCUGGCCUUUGCCACCUGGGUGGCCCUGGAUCGCCGGAUAGGAGUUGAGAUUUAUGGAGCAGCAGUGCUGCUCGGGGCUGGCUCAGCCACCAUCUUGGUCACGUCCCUCUCCAUGACUGCUGACCUGAUUGGUUCCAACACGCACAGUGGAGCCUUUGUCUAUGGGGCCAUGAGCUUCACAGACAAAGUGGCCAACGGGCUGGCAGUGAUGGCCAUCCAGAACCUGCAUCCCUGCCCGUCCCAGCUCUGCUGCACUGCUUGUAUUGAGUUCUACCACUGGGUGAUAGUGGUGGUCACUGGUGGGGUAGCUGUGGCUGCCACUGUAUGUCUGUGUUGCAUCAUGAUCUGGCCGAUCCAGAUCCGAUUCCAUGAUGUCUCGGUGCUGGGGCUGGCUGGAGACACACCCAGGGAGGCUGGGAGUGUUGAAGACAGGAGCCGAAGCAGCACGGUCAACUGAGGGGCUCUCGCUCUGAUCCAGGACUGUGCUGAGUGCGCCUGGCCUGCAAGAUGCUCUAAGGCAAGGGGCUGGCUGCAGGGGCAGGGCUCCUGCUGAGGCCGCGGCUGGGGCAGGCUGUUCCACGGCCCCUUGCACAGACUUUCCCCUCCCUGCUGUGAUGUGCAACAUUCCUGAUCUGCUGCUUGGGCAUGGGUGUGGGGGAGGGCACCUCCACACAUGCCUGCAUAUGCCUGUAACACUAGGACUGGCUGGGUGGACAGGUUGGCUCUGCCCGGGCUGGGGGAGGGGCUGCGGGGCAGAGCUGUGCGUUUUACCACGGUCAUAACCUCAUGUCUGUAAAAUAACACUUUUUGUACAAAGUU